UUGGUCAACUUGUUUUAAAAAACGUGCAGUAUUUGCAAAGGAGUUGUUGGCUCAAGCGGUAAGGUGGUGCUGCAAAUUGUACAAUACAAUAUUUUGUGUUUGCAUGAUGGAAAACACGGAAAUUGUAAUUGACAGUGCACCUGUAACCGCUGAAAACAAAGAAGCUAAUAAGACAAGUAUCGUGGUAGAACUUGAAGAUACCGGCAAAUCCCAAAGUACAAUACCUGUAGAUGAAUCCAUAAUAGAAACCGGUCACAGUGAUAUGUCAAUUGCUUCAGCAGCGCUAGCAUUUAUCACCACACCGACUCGAGAAUGGAGCUCAGACCACAUUUCAGCUGUUACUGAAGAAAAUCUGGAUCCAAAUCAUGCGUCCCUAAAUAUUGAGGCUCAUGUGUUAUCACAAACAAUCACAGAGCCGAUCACUGUAACUUCUAACAUCGAUGCUGCAACCAGUAAGGAUCAACUGAUUGAGAAAAGUGACGAACAAACUCCAGGUUUCUGUUACGAAUGGGUGAAAAAGCCAAUCCUACUCUGCAGUGCAACAGAGGAGUACAUACCUACUCCCAAAUGUGAAAAUUUCACCAAAGGGUGUCAAUGGUCUCCUGAUGGAACAUGCCUCCUUGUUCCUUCAGAAGAUUUCAGAAUUCGAGUCUAUGAACUUCCAAGAGAAUUAUAUGCUGGUAAUAUAUCAGGAGAAAUGAAUUUACCAUCACUCAAAUCAGCUCUGUCUGUCAAGGAAGGAGGAAUUGUUUACGAUAGCUGCUGGUUUCCAAUGAUGAGUUCCUGGGACCCGUCGACCUGUUGUUUUGCUACAACAAGUAAAGAAAGUCCUGUACAUUUAUGGGAUGCAUUUACAGGAGAACUACGAGCUACUUAUCGAGCUUAUAAUCAAGUGGAUGAAGUUGAAGCAGCUAUAAGUGUACAAUUUGUAAAUUCGGGAGCAGAGGUAUGGUGUGGAUUCAAAGGUGCUUUGAGAACAUUUGACACUGGCCGGCCUGGUCGGCAAGUGAGUACGAUAUACCUAAAGAAAGACAUACCAAAUGUAACUGGAAUCAUUUCCAGCAUCCGAGAAAAUCCAGUCAUGCCUGGAUUAGUGGCUUUUGGUACCUACUCAAAGUCUAUAGGUUUGUACAAGGAUGGCCCGCUAUGUGCAUUUAAGACAGGAAGUGGAGUAACGCAAAUAGAAUUCAGCCCUUGUGGUAUGAAACUAUAUUCAGCAGUGAGACGUAACAAUGAAAUGCUGUGCUGGGACCUCAGGAAUCCAGGUACUGUUUUAUAUUCCAUCCAAGGACGACAAGCUGAUACAAACCAGAGGAUACAGUUCUCGAUCUCCUCCGAUGGAAAAGACCUGGUUUCUGGAGCGACAGACGGAACCGUGGCAGUUUGGCACCUACUCCAGACCGUAGAGCACGGAGAUGAUUUGCAUUCAAAAUACAGAAUAAAAUUAUCUAAUGACUGUAUAAACGGAGUCAGUCUGCACAGAUCAUUACCGAUAAUGGCUACUAGUUCGGGACAAAGAAUCUGUACAGAAGAAGAUCAUUGUAGGGAUAACAGUGUCAGAUUUUGGUGGUGUGGACCAAAAUCGCAAUAAAAUUAACAUUAAACAUGAUUUUAUAAUUUGACAAUAAUCAUUCUACUCAAUAUAAAAAAUAACUUUUCCUUGUACAUUUUAUAUUCCCACUUUACAAUCGACUCAUCUACAAUACACCACGUAAGUUGAAUCAACUGCCAAUCAGCGCUGUUCAAUAUUCGAUAACCAAUGAUAUAAUUAAUACCAUCGCAGUGGUCUCGUUCGUUUUUUGUUAUUGUACUUGGCGUGAUACUUCAUCGAGUCUCUUGAUAAACCGACCAAAUCAGUUGCGACGGAUCAGUACGCAUUUUCAUUUAUUCGUAUUUAACGGUAUUUGCAUCAACAAAAGAUUAUCUAUUCUCAACGGAAUUUGAUUAUCUAUUUACGAUAUUGUGAACGAUUAAUGCCGAGUGCGGGAAGAUCGCCGGUUUGUUUACCGCGAGACGCCGCUCAGUUCACACCGCGCCGCUAAUCACCAGCGUUCACCAGCGUUCAGUUGCUCACAGUCCCUCGCGCGAUGUACUGUAUUAAUACGGAGUGAAUCAUUUGGCGCGCUUCAGGCAACGUAAUCGUUAUACAGUGUUUAUUGUGCUUUAAAAUCCCACAAGCCUCUUAUAAGCUAAUUUAAGUUGUUUAAUAAAUUGUACGUAGUUCUGAUAAACAAUAUGUGAGUUUCUGUGGAUUAACCCUGUUCUUACAUCACCGAAAAUAAGGGAUCAUACUACCGCGUCAAAAGUUCCAUUGGAUACCCGGAUGGCGUCCAGAUUAUGAAUUUUCAUUCUCGCAGUUAAAAUGGACUCCGCUAUACAUCAGGCGAUGUCUCACCGAUGCGAGUGCAGACGAUUAAGGGACGCCGCCUGUGUAACGUCCUCGAAGAUUCGUCGAAGGGGUGUAAUGUCACCGGGAAACAGAGGCGGACGCCAUCGCCUAUGGGCACUGGAAUUGUGCACCCGGGGUUCAUGUUUGGUCAAGAACCCGGUGGUGAGCAAACCCAAGAUUGUCUAUUAUGAGACGUGGGACCUGGGAUCAUGCUAGCGGAUCUGCGCUGCUUUUGUGGUACUCUGUCUGGUGACCGAAGGCGUGGUCGUUGAUUCGUUUCGGGGUUGUGCGCCGUCUCUCCGAAAUACUUUUCAUAUCGAGUUAAUACGUCGCCGCAGGAAGUGCAGUGAGUUUCAAGUUUGCUGCACCUGCAGUAACACCAGCAGCAGCAGCAGUUUCGUUCAUUCGACCGCUUGUAUUCCUGUUGCACAGGGUGUUGUAAGCUGCAGAAGCAGGUAUAUGUAUACGAUUAUACUUAAUACCUGCAGCGAAGGAGGAAGAAGAUUAUAUUUUGCUAAAUCAGAGAAAGAAGCACCGCAAGAACAACUGGCCUUUGCACAUACCAUGCAUACAUCGACUAAUACCAGCUACGUGUGAAGGGAAAAAAUCACUGUAGUCUAGCACAGUGUAAAGGAGCCAAAUAACAGCUGACAAAGAAGAUUGACCUGAGAGGAGGCAAGAAAUUUCGGUGUAUCUUCGGAAUGAAAAUGUUGAGCGAACGAUUAUCUCUGAAUAGAUUAUUACGAGCAUCUAACUCCCAUACCAAACUGCAUCUAGUACACUUAUGAAUAAUCAGAAUGAUACUUAGCUGUUGGUCAAGAAAAAAGUAUUGUUAUUGACAUUGUAGCGUGACAAAAAUGAUUUAUCAAUAAACGUUGACGACAAGCGA